AUGCACAUUGUUAAAAUAAUGAAGAUUGUAUAUAACUGUUUUUUAGUUUUCUUCUUAGUUGCAAUGCAAAAGUUAUAUGGUGCUUUAAGCAAUAGGGUGGAGAAGGAGGAAACCAAUUUUAUGAAUUAUUUGCCUAGCAAUUCUUUAUUGUACCCUUUAGAUUUUCAACAAAAUUGGCAAGCAUCAGAGCCAAUUCCCGUUACUAUUCAUUAUGACGUUCCAUCAUAUGGGCAUAAAGACCUGCUCAUGGCAUUAGAAAGUUACAACGAUUUGGAAAACUAUCAAAAAGAAAGCGAAGAAAAUAAGAGAAGGAUAAUAGAGGAGCAAAAUAGGCUAGAAGAUGUUUUAUGGAAUAAAAUUCAACUAAUUAAAAUGAAAGAUAAAAUGUUCCAGCAAUCAAAACAUUUAAGAACAUACAAAGAUAAAAUAUAA